AUGGUGGAUGGAGUACGGUUGUCCGGUGCUCUAGCAGCAUGUUUGGCACUGCUUCUCGGCGAGGAGCCAUACGGCAACAACGGUGCAUUGGCUAAAGGGCGUGCUUGGAUUCUAUCCCAUGGUGGUGCAACAUUCAUUCCCCAGUGGGGAAAGAUAUGGCUUUCGGUACUUGGAGUGUUCGAUUGGUCAGGAAAUAAUCCAAUUUUCCCUGAACUAUGGAUCGCUCCUCAGUUUCUUCCAUUUCAUCCAAGGAAAUUCUGGUGCCUAACCCGUAUGGUAUAUCUGCCAAUGGCUUAUCUUUAUGGCAAGAAAUUCAUCGGACCGAUUACACCAACUGUACUGGCAUUAAGAGAGGAGAUCUAUGACACUCCCUAUGGCAAGAUUGACUGGAGCAAUGCUCGUAAUAAAUGUGCAAAGGAGGACCUCAUCUGUCCACGUACACUGUUGCAGAAUGUUGUUUGGACUUCACUUUACAGGUGUGUAGAACCAGUGUUGAGCAGUUGGCCUGUCAACAAGCUGAGGGAGAGAGCUCUGGGAAGCCUCAUGGAGCAUAUUCAUUAUGAAGAUGAGAACUCACAAUACCUAUGCGUAUGUACUGUGAACAAGGCUCUAAACAUGAUCUGCUGCUGGGUAGAAGAUCCAAAUUCGGAUGCAUUCAAGCUUCACCUUGCAAGGAUAGCAGAUUUCUUGUGGCUUUCAGAGGAUGGCAUGAAGGCACAGGUAUAUGAUGGCUGCCAGAGCUGGGAGACAUCAUUCACAAUUCAAGCAUUUUGCGCUACAGAUCUUGUCAACGAGUAUGGUCCAACUAUGCAGAGAGCCUAUGAGUUCAUAAAAAAAUCACAGGUUCUGAGGAACCAUCCUGGUGACCAAAGUUACUGGCAUCGGCAUAGAUCGAAGGGUUCAUGGACACUUUCAUCUGCAGACAAUGGAUGGGCUAUACCUGACACUACAGGAGAAGCACUUAAGGCUCUACUGUUGCUGUCAAAGAUCUCAAACAAAAACAACCUUGUUGGGGAUCCGAUAGAAAGAGAAAGGCUGCAUGGUGCUAUUGAUUGCCUUCUAUCUUUUGUGAACAAAGAUGGUUCCAUUUCUACAUAUGAGUGCAAAAGAACUUCUUCUUGGAUAGAGAUUCUAAGUCCUUGUGAGAGUUUCCGAAACAUAGGUGUUGAUUACUCCUACCCAGAAUGCACUUCCUCAGUGCUCCAAGCUCUGAUACUGUUCCAAGAAUUAUAUCCUGAUUACCGCACAAAAGAGAUAGAAACAUCUAUCAGAAAUGCAGCAACAUUUAUUGAGAGCAGACAACAAGUAGACGGUUCAUGGUUAGGUACUUGGGGUGUAUGUUUCACCUAUGCAGCCUUCUUUUCAAUUAAAGGUUUAGUUGCAUUUGGAAGAUCGUACGAGAACAGCUCUUCCAUACGGAAAGCAUGCCACUUCAUAUUGUCAAAGCAGCUCAGUACUGGUGGAUGGGGAGAAAGCCAUAUCUCUAGUGAAACUCAGGUUUAUGUAAAUAUCGAAGGUGACCAUGCUCACGCUGUGAAUACUGCUUGGGCAAUGCUCGCUUUAAUUUAUGCUGGACAGAUUGACCGAGAUCCAACACCAUUGCAUCGUGCUGCAAAAGAAUUGAUCAAUAUGCAGUUGGAGACAGGAGAGUUUCCACAGCAAAGGCUGGCCUUAACGAACAUCUCCAAAAAUCUCCCACGACACUGUAGAAAUGGGCCACCUCUGCAUAAGGCACCCGCUUUUGAAAAUGCGCCACAAACAUGA